AUGCAUAAAAGUAUUAGAUUUCUUAACUUGAUUGUGAGUAUGUGGAUCCCUACAUUAGUUGAAACGUCAAUCCUCAUAACACAGGAAAGAAAUAUCUCACUAGAUCGACAUAAGUCUGUUGAGUAAAGUGCUGGUUAGCGAUCAAUGGACUAAAGUUUAGCACAUUUGGGAAUACCAGCAAAUUUAUCAAUCUUUAAUUAAGAUGAGUUACCUUCAAUCAGAGAGGCUAACUACAACGGAUUUAAAUUGAAGGAGGAUAAGCAGUCGCUAAAUAUCAAGCGUUAUGUAUCACCAAUCAAAAUCCUUCCUCCACCUUAGAACGAUAGUUACAUAGAUUAUAACAAUAAUAACAUCAAUCACAUUGAAUAUCUGUCUACUAAUAUUGCAGGAUCUGAAGUGAAUGCAGCCUACUCUGAACACAAACCUUCCAUUAAGAUCAAUCAAAGUAGUAGUAGGAAUAUUUUGAAUCUGAGGAGUCAAUCUGUGUCUUCAAACAUGAAAAAUCAAUCAAGACUAAGCAGGGUUCAAAGAUUAUUUGACUUUGAGUAGGAAAGAUCAAAGUCAAGAAUUAGUAAGCUUUUGAACUAACCCAUUGAUGUACCCUCUCUAAACUAAAGUUCAUUUAUUAAUGACCUUACUAAGAAAUCCUCCCGUAUAAAUAUCAGGAACCUGCUAGAAGCAAAUGAAAAAACAGUUGUGAAAUCAGAUGUUUAUAUAGAAGAUGAUGAGGAUAGAGAUUAGUUAAGCAACUUAAAAGGAAGCUUGCAACUCCCCUAAAUCAUGAAUCCAAGGAAUAUGUAAAACUUAAGUUCAAUAACUAGAAAUUAUAAUCAGUCGUCUUCAAUCUCACUAGCUGUAUCUUCGAGGCUAAACAAAGAAUCAUAAGCUACAUUGAUUUAGAAAGUUAAGUAGAUUGGCAAAAAGUCUAUUCCUAACUUCAAAUCAUUUUAAGGAGAUUAAUCUCCUAGGGAGCAAAUUUUGAAUCCAGAUUAAAAGAAAGAUCAUCAGUUGUCUAGAGACAUAUCUAGGGAAUAAAAUGCUUUCAAACGACAAAAGAUGCUUUUUGAUCUCCUUGAUCAGGCUAAAGAUCGCAACCUUGGAGAAAAGAGCAUUGAAGCACUUUUUAAUAAGAAAAAUUUAUUGUAAAAUGCUAGAUCAAGAGCUGAUAUGACUCCUGAAAUGAAAAAGAAUUUCUCGGUUUUAAAGUCUGAAAAUGCUAAUAGCUCAAUUAUAAAGAACAUAACCCCUACUUUUCCACUAUAGAAAGAUUUGAAUCUGUUUCAAACAAUUCAAAUGGAGAAUGAUGAAGAACUGAAGAUUAAAAUAGCAGAUGUUAUAAAAUCUAAGAAUCCUCUAAGUUAAUUGCUAAAUUAUCACGACAUUGAAAAGAUGUUGGAUCUUGAGUAGGCGAUAUACAGAAAUAAAAUGGACGGCAUGAAUGAGGUUAUGAAUUAGAAGCUUGAUGAUGUCAAGCUUAAAUAUCUUGAUGAUGAUUAUUUAUACAAGAAGUUUAAGGAACAAAUUGAGCUUAAAGCCAAGACUAAAGGUAGAAAAAUAUCCAAUAAUAAGUAGAAUUCAGAAUUUAGCUAUAUAAAGUGGCCUAAGUUGAAGGAUUUAUUCGAUCACUAAGGCAAUUAAAUAUCAAAAUCAGGUUUGAAAAUGGAUGAAGAGUAAGCUUAGAAGGAACAAGAAGAGGAAAUGAUGAAGAAGCUUAAUUAGAAAGUAGUUUCUUUAAGCCCCUAGGAAUCUUUAAGGAAGAGAAAACCUACUAUGGUUAGUAAUACUAGUCUAGAACAUGGAAGUAAUUCUGAAGAAGAUGACUAUGAUCAGACUAGUGAUGGAGCUCAAACACUUUAAAAUGAUUAGUAGUAUUAAAGUGAAUUAAAGAAUAUAGAGCUUAAGGACUUAGUUUAGCAGUAAGAAUUACUCGAAAGAAAAAUGAAAAAGCUAGAGCAAAAGAGAUCUCGUACUUCAAGAAAGCAUCUAGAGAAAAUGAAGUAAUAGUAUGAUAAACUUAAGUAAGAGUAUCAAGACAGGAUAAAAUAGAUAAAAGAAUAGAUGACUUAAGAGGAGGAAGAGUAUUGGAAUGAGUAGAAUUAACUUAAAAAAUAGUCACUGCUUGGUAAUUUGGAUAAUUUUCUGGAUCAAAAGAAGGAUGAAAUACAGUAGCUAGGAGAAGAGAUCUUCAAGCUAGAAAAUGACAGUGAUGAUGAAUAUGGCAUCUAUUAGAAUUUUACUAAUACAUAGGCGCAUUUAUUGGCUAAGCUUAAAGUAAAGCAAGAAGAACAGUAAAGUCAAAAGUACAGAUUCAUCCAAAAGAUGCUGAUUACUAAUAAGUCAGAUGUAAUGAAGAAUAUUUAUGAUGGCAUCAAGGAUGCUUAAUCUAAAAAUGGGAUAAAAGAGUUUAGCACUAGACUUAACACCUAAGUCAUACAAGAUGCAACGAAUAAUUCAGGGUUGAAUAAAGUAAUGGAUGCUGCAAUUAAGAAAUAAGAAUUUGGAAAGUUGAUUUAAGAAGUGUAUGAGAAAAAGGAGGACAUAGUGUUCUUAAAAAAGAAGUAAAGAGUUAUAAAUGAAGAAACUAUUGAAGCUGAGAAUCAUACUACAGGAGGUGAAGAAGAGGAUUUAAGUAAAAAAUCAGAUGAGGAUUAGAUGGACAUAGAGAAGGAACUAAAAAAGUAUGAAUAGGAUGAUUUUGAAAAGGAUGAGAUAUUAGAAUAGCAAUAGCUAGAGUACAAGCUAAAAUAGGAGUAACAGCUUAACAUGGCAAGGAAAUAUCUUCAGUUUUGUAAGAACGAGAAAGUACUUCCACUGCCUAUUCUUAAUAAAAUUGUUGAUGGAAUUCUUUCACUUGAAGACUAUAAGCUUAACUUUGGUCUAUGCAAAGCUUUAGGCAGUGUUUUAGAUGAUCUUGGCAAUCUAAUUCACAAAAUUGUCUUAAAAAACAAUGGCAUAAAUGAUGUAUGCUACUCCAUGAUCUUAGAGGGAGCCUUGUAAAACCCUUUUAUCAAGAGUCUACAUUUAAAAAGCAACGAGUUCAGAGAAGAAAGCUUGAAUAAGUUGCUUGAUUACUUUAAAAAUGAGAAAAAUCCGAACCUUGAAGAAAUAGUGAUAAGUAAUUGCAAACAAAAGCUCAGCCAGACUAAUCAGUUACUUAAAGCUUUAAGUGAUUAUAGUAAAUUGAAGGUACUUGCGCUUUGUUAAUCUAAACUUGACAAGGAAAGUGUUUUGUUGUUAGCAGAUAUAGCAAAUGGCAAUACAAAUCUAAGGGAACUUGAUCUUUCGUGGAAUGAAGUCACAUCUCAUAAUAUGUGGGAACUUAUUCAAAACAUUGAGUUCUGUAGGCACAUCUAAUAUCUCAAUCUUAGUUUUAAUUCAUUUGCUGGGCACAAAACAUAAGAUUUAGUCUAGUCACUGACUAAUAUGAUUAGAAGAAACAGAAAUUUACUUCAUCUAGACAUUUCUUAUUGUGGACUAAGAAAAGAUGAAGUCUUAUAAAUCAUGGUAGCUUGUAAGAAGUCUAGAUCUCUUUUAGCAGUGCAUAUUAGUGGCAAUCUUAUAAAUGAUGAUACUAAAAAGAAAAUUAGAGAUUACAUGCGUCCAAGAAGGAGAGUUAAGGAUUUGUAUGAUUAAAUUAACAACCCAGAUGAUGAGGCAGAAACUUCAGAUAUACCUAAGGCAACAAACUCUAAUAUUGAUUUAAGAGCUGCCAUUCAAUACAAACUAAUGAGGUAUUAGAAGUAAGAGGCUGAAAGUGUUAAGUAAGAAACAGCAGAAUCAAAUGCUAAGAAAGGUAUUCCUGGGGAAAGACUGAUUUUCUCGAGAAUACUUGGGCAUUUUGAGAUUCCAAAAUCAUAUAAGUGGCAGGAGUCAACAGACUGCUGGCUUUGUGAAAAAUAUAGAUACACAGUUAUUGUUGCAAGCAAAUCUCUAGCUAGAUAAAACUUUAAGAAACCUAUUUCAACCAAAGAGAAGAAAAUUUAUUCUUAAAAAAUCAAGGAUGCCAAACACAAAUGGGAGGAGUCAGUCUUGAAUGACGACUUUGAUCAAUGCUGGGGUUCUGAUAAUGAUGAAAUUUACUAUGAAGCUGAUAAUGAAUAGGAUCGCGAUUUAAUAUACUUAAAUUAGUAGGUAGCGAGUACCUUUAGCAGAUGGAAGCUAAAAUCUUUAAUGCCUAUAUAGCUCUUUCUGAAUAAGCUAAGAAAAAAUUAGGAGGACAAUGUAAAGAAUAUCUAGUUGGAGAAGUCAAUUUAUGAGAAGUAAAUUCAGGAUUAUAAAGUGAAGGUUAAAGAAAAGUAAUAGCUAAAGUUACAGAGAUAAAAGGAGUUAUCUUCAAAUCCUAGGAAUAUUUUAAAAUUUGAUGAAUCAGGAGCCCCUUGGUAUGAUAAAAAUACUGAUGAUGAUCAAGCUUCUUUAAUGAAUUGGGUUAGAGAUUUGGACAACCUACUACCUUUCAAAAAUCAAGACAACUUGGUUAUAAGCAUGGAAAAGAUGAUUGAGUUUAUGCAUAAUACUUGCUUAGUAUAUAAUACUAUAAACAUCCCUCUAAAGGACAUAUACAGCUUUACAACUGUUGUGAGACCCAGAGAGGAACUUAUAAAAAUAAGGCACAAAAGGGUAAAGGAGUAUAAAAUAGAGAGAAUUUUUGAUAAAUCAAACUCUAUGUUUAAGGAGUAUAUUGAAGAUAACCCUAAAAUCUUGAAAGCAGCAUUUUAAAAGGAUAUUGAUAACUCUAAGCUAGCUAGAUUUAUCAAGGAUAUCUUUGAGUACAGAAGAGUCUGUGAUGUUCUGAUUGAAUAUACUGCCUUGAUUAAGGAUAUAUUCACAUAUUCAAUCGCUUUAUCUUCCUUCCCAUCAAUAUCCUGGAUUGAUUUCACUAAUCUAUGUACAUAAUGGUAAAUCCCAGACAACAAGACAUGCACAAUGCAGACUAUAGAUAGAGUAUUUAUUGCAACUAAUGUGGAAUUGGUUGAGCAAGAGGAUAAUCCUGACAGAGAUCUGUGUCGAUUUGAGCUAUAUGAAAUCAUAGUCAGAAUGGGAGGUGCUAAGUACAAGGACUCAGGACAGGUUGAUAGCUGGGAUGAAGCGACUCGCAAAAUUAUACUAAAAAAUCUGAAACCCAAUACUAAAUUCUAGGGAGGCUAGUCCUUUAGAGACAAGUACAUCUGGAUCCUGCCCAUAGAUGAUCUAUUUAGAGCGAAUAUUGAUUAUAUCACAAAGCUUUAUAAUAAGUAUACCAACACAGGCAAGAAAUGGAUGGACUUGGAUGAUUGCAAAGAAUGCAUGAGCCCUCUGCAAAUAUCUGAGGCAAGUCUGAAGCAGUGCUACGCCUUUUCAAAGAUGACUAUUAUUGAUGAGAUGAAUUAGAAGGACAAGUAUGAAAGAAUGGUAAUAUGUGAGUUCCUAGACUUCAUUUGCAGGUGUGCUUAUGUCAAGUUUAUUGAAGACUCUCAUUUGUCAAUCCUUGAAAAGGUGGAGAGAGUGCUGGACCUACUGUUUAAGACUAUUGACUGUAGAAGAUUGCAAGCAGUGGCAUCAGAGCAACAAGCUCACUUGAAAUCUCUCCAGGAGAAGCUAGUACAAAUUGAGUCACUUGGCUCUGACCAGACUUACGCUGAGCCAGUCCGCAAACUCUAGGAAGAGAUAUAUCAAUAAUUAUUGGUUUUAAGGGAAAACAUUGCCUAGACUAUUGAAGUUGCAAUUCAAAACCAAAGCACAUUGCCAGUUUAAUAAAGUGAGCCAGCCUAGUAGACUGCUGCCGUGACUCAGGAGGAAUAUAACACUAUCAGAGAUGAGAACGUGAGACUGAAGUAUAGAGUCUAACACCUAUUAAAGACUAUUAUCCAAAUCGAAGCAAAGUAGAACUAGCAGUGA